CUCGUCCUCCGACGUGAACGAGGGCGAUGAGCGUCAUCGCCAAUCGCGCUUUCCCUCGCCAGCGAGCGUGCAUGUACGUCACCGGGGGACGUUUUUGCGCGUGACGUUUCGGCGUCUCGCGGCGAGCCGACGGACGCCGCGCGCGCGGCGAGCGGUAAUUCAAAAGCACGCGCCUCGCCCCGCGUUAACCGGCGCCGGGAGAUUAAGCGUCGCUCUUAUCAGCACCGCGCCGAGGUAGUCGCGGUCGCUCGCGGCCGCACGGCAGUGCCUCGCGACGACGCGCUCGUUGGACCAUCGCUCGCUGCGGAACGAGCGAGUACGUGCGAGAGCGACGUGAUAUCCGCUGCCUUCCUCAUUCUCGUCACGUCGAGUGCGUCAGACGGAGAGUUCUGAGCAUCGUAAAAAUAGAAGUCGGUUUUCAAUAGUGCUGUGCGUGUUGCGGUUGUAUCAAGGAUGUAUCAUCGUGCCUGAGUAUAUAUGCGUCUGUCGCUGCGGAAGUUUCAGUCUCUCUGAGUACCAUUGAUGCCAUUGAGCAGCAAGCAGCGAAAAGCAGUGGCCUGGGAGGAUGGGACAGGCGACGGAAGGCAAUGACGGCGACACCAAGCCAAGGCUCGAGGGCAAGGCUCAGCAGAAUCAUGAAGAACGAUCCCUGGAGCCUGACAGGCAGCAGCACUCUCUGCUGCCGAAGGCAAGCGGAAGCACGGCGAGGCAGGUCAGAGAGUACAUUCCCAGGUCCGGGAUGAAGAAGUACAAUCAAGCUUUAAGCAAUCUGAUACCCGUACGGUAUCACAACCAGAAGAGGAACAACGCGUCGGCGGAUAGCGCCGGAUUAUUUUCUUACGUGUACAUAACGUGGAUGACGCAGUACUUAUGGAAGGCGUACAAGAAGGGCCUCACGUUCGGAGACCUGCCGGACAUCUCGGUGUACGAUACCUGCGAGUACAACGCACUCAGGCUCGACGUGCUGUGGCAAGAGGAGCUAAGCAGAAACGGUCCCAGCGCGGCGUCCUUCUCCAUGGUCGCGUGGCGAUUCGUGCGGACGCGCGUCUUCGUGUCGUGCUUCCUGCUCAGCUGCUCGCUCAUCUUCGGAUUCAUCAGCCCCACGAUACUGAUGAGGAAGAUACUGGAACACGUCGAGGCGCCGGACGAGAGCUUCUGGGACGGCAUCAAGUGGGUGCUGCUGCUGACCCUGUGCGACUCGCUGCGCGCGUUCUUCUUCACGUGGACGUGGAACAUGAACUACAAGACUGGCUUGCGGCUCAAGUCGGCGUGCACGGCUCUCCUGUACAAGAAGAUCGUCAGGCUGAACAGCCUCGGCAGCAAGAGCACGGGAGAGGUGAUCAAUUUGUUCUGCAACGACAGCCAGAGGCUCUUUGACGUGAUCAUCUACGGGCCGAUGAUCAUCAGCGGCCCGAUAGUCAUAACUUGCGGCGUAAUUUACGUACUGUGGCUGUUCAGUCCGAUCGCCCUGGUAGGCAUGAUAGCGUUCCUCUCGUUCUAUCCGUGCCAGUAUCUUAUCUCGCGUGCGACCGGUUACUUCCGCUCGAAAUCCGUGACUAUCACCGAUGCGCGCGUGCGACUCAUGAGUGAGAUCCUAGAAGGCAUAAAGUUGAUCAAGAUGUACUCCUGGGAGAAGUACUUCAGCCAGAAACUUCUCGCUACACGCAAGAAGGAGGAACGCUGGCUUCACAAGACCGCGUACUUUCAGAGCCUCAGCAUUUCCCUGACACCCGCCGUACCUGUGAUAUCGGCCAUCAUCACGUUUCUCGCGCACCUCGCGUCCGGCAGUGGCCUCACCGCCGCACAGGCAUUUCCCAUGACCACGUUAUUCGGCAAUUUGCUUAGACUGGCACUUACGUCACUUAAGGAUACCACGCGGUACUUUAUGAGCGCCCUCAUAGCUCUUAGAAGAUUCAAGGUGUUUCCCUUCGUAUCGGUGCUCAAUGCGCAAAUUCGUACAUCUUUCAUGUUUUUGCAAGUGGCCUUAGUUAAUAUCACCGCAGUAAAGAUAACUUUUGGCAGAAUAAAGAGCGUGUUGCUGCUGGACGAGGAAAGUUGUCAGGCGUCGAAGCCGAUCGUGAGAUCGCAAGCGGUCGCUAUCGCUAAUGGCACUUUCGUCUGCGACAGCGUCAAGCUUCAAACCGACGCGUCGAUCAGCAACAAAAAGAAGAAAAAACCCACGCCGGAGCGCGCGGACAACGCAGCGGAAUUGGAAACCCUGAAUCAACCUGAGUCGCUCCAGGAGGCGAAGUACGUCGAGGUCCUCAGCGACAUCCACUUCGGGGCGCCGAAAGGCAAGCUGGUCGGCAUCUGCGGCCACGUGGGUAGCGGCAAGUCCAGCCUGCUGCUGGCCGCUCUCGGCCAGCUGCGGAUGACGAAGGGCCACAUCCUCAGGGAGGGCACGUGCGCGUACGUCAGCCAACAAGCGUGGAUCGUCAACGGCACCUUCAAGGAAAAUAUCCUCUUCGGCGAAGAGAUAGACGCUAAGCGUUACUACCACACGAUCACCAUCUGCAACCUGAAGGACGACCUCAACAUGCUGCCGGGCGGCGACGACACCGAGAUCGGCGAGAGGGGGGUCAAUCUGUCCGGCGGGCAGAAGCAGAGAAUUGCGCUCGCACGAGCGUACUAUGCGAACCGCGAUAUCUACUUCCUUGACGAUCCCUUGAGCGCAGUGGACGCGUACGUCGGCUCGUAUAUAUUCGAGAAACUGAUCCUCGAAGCUCUCAGGAACAAGUCCGUCCUCUUCGUCACGCACAACAUCCAAUUCUUGAAGCGUUGCGAUGAGAUAUAUAUGAUGAGCGAGGGCAAGAUCGUGGAGCAUGGGGCUCACGAAGAUCUCAUGCGGCUCGAUAGAGAGUACGCGUCGAUGAUAAAGAACGGCACCGUCGUCGAGGACAAUUUGUCACUAGAAAAGUCUCCCGGAGUGACGCGAAGAAGCAUCGUCAAUACUGAUGAUUUGGAGUCGCACAAGGCCGAGGCUGGGGAUCAAGGCGAUCAUGGAAACGAAAAGUACAAAGGAGCGACUCUAACAGUGGAGGAGAAGACCGAGACUGGAGCCGUGAAGUCGUACACCUAUCACACGUACAUCCAAGCCACCGGCGGCUACCUCGUCGCGAUCCUCGUCUUCCUGACGUUCUUCUUGAACGUCGGCAGCUCCGCGUUCAGUACUUGGUGGCUCGCCGUGUGGAUCAAAGCUGGUGGCGGCAACAUCACUGUGCCGGAUAGCAACGAGACCGUGUACACGGAGGACAUAAACGCCAAUCCCGACUUUUCGUACUACCAGAGCAUAUACGCCGCGUGCAUCGCGGGCAUCCUGGUGACGAGCCUGAUUCGUGGCCUGGUCAUCAUGUUCGCCACGAUAAGAGCGUCGACCGCGCUGCACAACGCGUUCCUCCGCAAGAUUAUCGGCUCGCCGUUGAAGUUCUUCGAGAACACGCCGAGCGGCAGGAUACAAAACGUCUUCAGCCGCGACGUCGACGAGAUUGACAAUUACUUGCCGAUAUCGAUAGAGAACAUGGUGCAAAAUAUUUUUACUUGUAGCUUCGCCAUUUUCUUUAUCUGCGGCGUAUUGCCAUGGUUUGUCGUACCGUUGCUGCUGUUCGGCGCGCUCUUCUUCUUCGUGAGCAAGCUGUUCAGGAUAGGCAUGAGGGACUUGAAGAGAAUGGAGAGCGUCUCGCGGUCGCCCGUCCUCAGCUUCGUCACAACGACGAUCCAGGGCCUGAGCACGAUCCACGCGUUCCAGAAGGAGAAGAACUUCCUGUAUAGGUUUGAGGAGUUGUUCAACACGAGUAACCUGUGCCAGUACCUGUGCCAAGCGGCGAUGAGGUGGUCCGCGGUGAGGCUGGACAGCUUGGUCAUCGCCUCGUCCUGCAUAACCGCGCUGCUCGUGAUCUCGUUCAAGGGCGAGAUAUCGCCAGCCUUCGCCGGCCUCGCGAUGGCGUACUCCACGCAAAUGACUGGCGUCUUCCAGUACACGGUCAGGCUGAUGUCCGAGACGGAGGUGCGCUUCAUAAGCGUCGAGAGGAUCAGCUACUAUCUCAAGACUCUGCAAAGGGAGGGCGCGAGCAAAGCGGUCGAUGUCAAGCCAACCGAUGACUGGCCUUCUCGAGGGAAAAUCGAAUUUAAAAAUGUUCGGAUGAGGUACAGGGAGGAGCUGCCGCUCGUGCUGAGCGACGUCUCGUUUAGCGUAAAAGCCGGAGAGAAAAUAGGGAUCGUCGGUCGCACGGGGUCCGGCAAGAGCUCCCUGGUGGUGGCUCUGUUCCGGCUGGUCGAGAUUUGCGAGGGCGUCAUCAAGGUCGACGGUAUCGACGUCUCGAAGCUGGCGCUGGACGCACUGAGAAGCAGGCUCUCGAUCAUCCCUCAGGAUCCAAUUCUGUUCAGCGGGACUAUAAGAUCGAAUUUGGAUCCCUUCCAGCGACACGCGGACGAGCGCAUUUGGAGCGCGCUCGAGAAGACCCAGAUGAAGGACAAGGUGUCGCUCAUGCCGGGGACGCUCGACGCUUCCGUCGGAUUCGGCGGCAACAACCUGAGCGUCGGCGAGAGGCAGCUUCUCUGCUUGGCGCGGGCCCUGUUGCACAGCGCCAAGGUGCUGAUUCUGGACGAGGCGACGGCGUCGGUCGACCCGGAGACCGAGGCGACGGUGCACAACACCCUGCAGAACGAGUUCGCGGACUGUACCGUGCUGAUGAUCGCUCAUCGGCUACAGACGGUCGUCACGUGCAAUCGCAUCCUCGUCAUGAGCGACGGCCUCACCAUUGCGAAUAUAAUCCCUAUUAUGAUGUUGGGGCGGAAACAGAGCCUCAAGGGGGAACCCGUCCUGGCCGAUUACGGUCCGGAGGAGUCCCUCAAUGAGAGCGCUGACAUAGAAUGGGUGAACAAGUUGUGGGUCAGGAGAUUGAUGCGACUCUGCGCUCUAGUCUCCCUGGCUUCCGUCUGCCUGAACACUCCGAAAACUUUUGAGAAAGUGCCGUCCCUCCAAUACGUUACCUUCACUUGCGAUCUGAUAGUCACGUUUCUGUUCACCGCUGAAAUGAUUGCCAAGAUGCACAUACGGGGAAUAUUAAAGAGGGACAAGUCGUACUUGAAGGAUCACUGGUGCCAAUUCGACGCGAGCAUGGUGAUCUUCCUCUGGCUCUCUGUGAUCCUGCAGAUGUUUGAAAUGUUGGGCUUCCUCAUAAAGUUUAGCUACGCCUCGAUCAUGCGGGCGCCGCGGCCGCUGAUCAUGAUACGCUUCCUCCGAGUCUUCCUCAAGUUCUCGAUGCCCAAGGCCAGGAUCAAUCAGAUUUUCAAGCGCUCGAGCCAACAGAUCUACAACGUGACGCUCUUCUUCCUCUUCUUCAUGUCCCUCUACGGUCUUCUGGGCGUGCAGUUCUUCGGCGAGCUGAAGAAUCACUGCGUGCUGAACACAACCGAGCCGAAUUACAUCACGAUCAAUAGCCUGGCUAUCCCCGAUACGUUCUGCUCCACCGAUCCAGAAUCGGGAUAUCAAUGUCCCGAGGGAAUGGUCUGCAUGAAGCUGGAGUUGACCAAGUAUAUCAUAGGCUUCAAUGGAUUUGACGAGUUUGCCACCAGCAUCUUCACCGUGUACCAAGCGGCCUCGCAAGAAGGAUGGGUCUUCAUCAUGUAUCGCGCGAUCGACAGUCUACCGGCGUGGCGCGCGGUUCUCUACUUCAGCACGAUGAUAUUCUUCCUCGCGUGGUUGGUGAAGAACGUCUUCAUCGCCGUCAUCACGGAGACCUUCAACGAGAUUCGCGUGCAGUUCCAGCAAAUGUGGGGCGUCAGGGGCCACAUCAGCAACAGUUCGGCGUCGCAGAUAUUGACCGGGGACGACAGCAGUUGGAAGCUGGUGACGUUGGACGAGAACAAGCACGGCGGUCUGACCUCCCCAGUCUGCCAGGCCAUCCUGAAAUCGCCGCAGUUCCGCUCGGUGGUGAUGAUCGCGAUCCUGGCGAACGGCAUUACCACCGCAACGAUGAGCUUCAAGCACGACGAGAAACCGAGGCACACAUACGACAGCUAUUACUAUGCCGAGAUCGCGUUCACGAUAUUCCUCGACCUGGAGACCUUCUUCAAGAUAUGGUGCCUAGGCUUCCGCAACUACUUCAAGCAUUCAAUCCACAAGUUCGAGCUGCUGCUCGCCAUCGGCACGACCAUACACAUUAUGCCGUUCUGCUAUCUCUCCGUGUUCACCUACUUCCAGGUUCUCAGAGUCGUGCGGCUCAUCAAAGCGUCGCCGAUGCUGGAGGACUUCGUCUACAAGAUCUUCGGUCCCGGCAAGAAGCUCGGCAGCCUCAUUAUCUUCACCAUGUGCCUGUUGGUGAUAUCCUCCAGCAUUUCCAUGCAGCUCUUCUGCUUCCUCUGCGACUUCACCAAGUUUGAGACGUUCCCCGAGGCGUUCAUGUCGAUGUUCCAAAUCCUCACGCAAGAAGCCUGGGUCGACGUGAUGGACGAGACCAUGCUACGUACGCACGAGACGGUGGCACCCCUGGUCGCAGUAUAUUUCAUUUUGUAUCACCUCUUCGUCACGCUGAUUGUGUUGAGCUUGUUCGUCGCCGUGAUCCUGGACAAUCUCGAGUUGGACGAGGACAUCAAGAAGCUGAAGCAGUUAAAGUUCCGUGAGCAGAGCGCCGAGAUAAAGGAGAGCCUGCCGUUCCGACUGAGGAUCUUCGAAACAUUCCCGGAUAGCCCGCAAAUGACAUGUCUGCACAAGGUGCCGUCGGACUUCAACUUGCCGAAGGUGCGCGAAAGCUUUAUGCGACAGUUCGUGCUUGAGGUAGAGGACGAGGAGAACGAGGGCACGAAGAGAACCAACGAGACGUUUGAUUCGAAAAUGGUGUACAGGAAGCAACGUCCGGUGAAAAUUCUGAACAAUCCGCCAAAAGUAAGAAGUGUCGUCACCAAUCUAAAGAAAGCGGCCGUCAUGUAUAUUAUAAAUGAUUCCAACAAUCAGAGGCUUCUCCUAGGGGAUUCUGCUAUGAUCCCGGUACUUUUAAAGCCGCAGGGUACCAUCAGCAGCGCCAAGCAGCUUCGCAUCGAUCCAAAAAAAUCGAUCAGAAGGAGCGUUCGAAGCGGGUCUAUCAAGCUGAAGCAGACGUACGAGCACCUGAUGGAAAACGGCGACAUAGGCGGGAUGAACAGAGUUAGCUCGUCGCGCAGCAGACCGCAGGACUUGGACAUCAAGCUGCUGCAAGCUAAGCGGCAACAGGCGGAAAUGCGGAGGAAUCAGCGGGAGGAUGAUCUGCGAGAAAACCAUCCGUUCUUCGACACGCCGUUGUUCGCGGUACCGCGCGAGAGUAAAUUUCGCAAAUACUGCCAGCUGUUCGUGUACGCGAGGUACGACGCACGGCUGAAGGAUCCCCUGACCGGCAAGGAAAGGAAGGUGCAGUACAAGAGCCUGCACAAUUUCCUCGGCCUGGUGACCUAUCUCGACUGGGUGAUGAUAUUCAUCACCACGCUGUCGUGCAUCUCGAUGAUGUUCGAGACGCCGCGAUACCGCGUGAUGGAGGUGCCGGCGUUGCAGAUCACCGAGUACUGCUUCGUCAUCUGCAUGAGCAUCGAGCUGGCGCUCAAGAUCCUGGCGGACGGCUUGUUCUUCACGCCCAAGGCCUACAUUAAGGACGUCGCCUCCGUGUUGGACGUCUUCAUUUACAUUGUGAGCCUCGUGUUUUUAUGUUGGAUGCCGAAGAGCGUGCCGCCGAACUCCGGAGCGCAGCUGCUCAUGAUACUACGGUGCGUCAGGCCCCUGAGGAUCUUCACCCUCGUGCCGCACAUGAGAAAAGUCGUCUACGAGCUUUGCAGAGGCUUCAAGGAGAUCUUGCUGGUAUCAACGCUAUUGAUCCUGCUGAUGUUCAUAUUUGCAAGCUACGGCGUACAGCUGUACGGCGGCCGGCUAGCGCGAUGCAACGACCCGACGAUCCUGAAGCGCGAGGAGUGCGUCGGCGUGUUCAUGCGACGGGUGUUCGUGACGAAGAUGAAGCUGCGCCCGGGGAAGAACGAGAGCUAUCCGUCCAUACUGGUGCCGCGCGUCUGGGCUAAUCCUAAGAGAUUUAACUUUGAUAAUAUUGGCGAUGCGAUGAUGGCUCUGUUUGAAGUGCUCUCUUUCAAAGGCUGGCUCGACGUGCGGGAUGUCCUUAUUAAAGCUCUUGGUCCUGUUCACGCGAUCUACAUACACGUCUACAUUUUCCUUGGUUGCAUGAUCGGCUUGACAUUGUUCGUGGGCGUCGUGAUCGCGAAUUACUCUGAGAACAAGGGCACUGCUCUGCUUACGGUCGAUCAGAGACGAUGGUGCGACUUGAAGAAGCGUCUGAAGAUUGCCCAACCGCUGCACUUGCCGCCGCGGCCGGACGGCAAGAAGUUCCGCGCUUUCAUCUACGACAUCACGCAGAACAUUUAUUUCAAGCGAUUCAUCGCUGUCAUGGUGCUCGUUAAUAGUGCCCUCCUCUGCGUCUCUUGGAGACUCGAGGAGAAACACACGGAAGCUCUGGCCACGGUGUCCACGAUUCUGACACUGGUCUUCCUCGUGGAAGUGAUCAUGAAAAACAUUGCUUUCACGCCACGUGGCUAUUGGCAGUCCAGAAGAAACAGAUAUGAUUUGCUCGUCACAGUCGUCGGCGUGAUCUGGAUCAUCAUACACUGCACGAUGCAGAAUGAUCUGUCCUACGUGAUCGGGUUCAUGGUGGUGAUCCUCAGGUUCUUCACCAUUACCGGCAAGCACACCACCCUGAAGAUGCUGAUGCUGACGGUCGGCGUGUCCGUCUGCAAGAGCUUCUUCAUCAUAUUCGGCAUGUUCCUCCUCGUGUUCUUUUACGCGCUGGCCGGCACCAUAAUCUUCGGCACCGUCAAGUACGGGGAAGGCAUCGGAAGGCGCGCUAAUUUCGGGUCACCGGUCACCGGCGUGGCGAUGCUCUUUCGCAUAGUGACCGGCGAGGAUUGGAAUAAGAUAAUGCACGACUGCAUGAUACAGCCGCCGUAUUGCACGCCGGCGGACAAUUACUGGGAGACGGACUGCGGCAACUUCCACGCUUCUCUCAUUUAUUUCUGUACCUUUUACGUCAUCAUCACUUACAUCGUUCUGAAUCUCUUAGUGGCUAUUAUCAUGGAGAACUUCUCCCUGUUCUAUUCAAAUGAAGAAGACGCGUUAUUGUCGUACGCCGACAUAAGAAACUUCCAAAACACGUGGAACGUUGUCGACAACCAUCAGAAGGGUGUCAUACCUGUGAAGCGGGUGAAGUUUAUCUUGCGGUUGUUGAAGGGUAGAUUAGAGACCGAUCCGCAAAAGGAUCGCCUGCUCUUCAAGUACAUGUGCUACGAACUGGAGCGACUGCACAACGGCGAGGACGUUACCUUCCACGAUGUCAUCAACAUGUUGUCGUACCGUUCAGUGGACAUAAGGAAAGCCCUCCAGUUAGAGGAGCUGCUCGCGCGGGAAGAGUUCGAGUACAUAAUCGAGGAGGAAGUGGCGAAGCAAACGAUUAGAACCUGGCUGCAGGGUUGCUUGAAGAAAAUACGUGCUAAGCAGCAGAACAGUCUCAUCGCCGGGCUCCGCGCCACGAAUAAUGCGGCUCUGCCGCUCCAAGAUCAGGAGAAGAGUAAGGAUGAGAAAGGCAAAGAAGUUACCGUUGCUCGUGUAGAGGAAACCGAGACGAAGGAUGUCGAGGUCCCGAAACACAGACCGAAGAAGCCGGUGGUGUUACCGCGAUCGGACAGCAUAGGCAGUGCCUCGGGAAGGAAGUAUCUGGCCCCAACAUUGUCGGACCCGGCAUCCGUCCGGACCGAGAAGGAUAAGAUCGCGGUGUCGAAAAAGAGGAACAGCAGACCGCCGCCGAUGGUGAAGAUGGUGAAUAAUCUGUCUCAGCUGAAGACGGAGAACACGGAGCAGAUCAGGCAGCAGCAGCGGGAGGCGUUGAAUGUUCACAUUAAGACAGCCGCGCCCAAGGUCUCGAGCGUGAUGCUGGAGGUGCGCGAGUGGUGGAAGGAGCAGCUGGCUUACAGCAGCGAGUCCAGCGAGGACGAGGUCUAAAAUAAAUCUGUGGUGAACCGUCGAUGACGACGGGACUGAACGAUCAUGAUCGCAGGGGCAAUCGCGAAGGAUCGCUCCUGCUGAAGGAACGAACUCUCAGCCUAAGGACUCUGUGCGUGGCAGAGAAAAGGGGAGGGGAAUGUGAUACGUGCCUAAUAUAAUGUUAAUUACCGAGCCUGAGCUCCAGGAGCAUCGACGCGUCGGAACAGUCGAAUUCCUAGUAUCGGAAGAGAGAAUUCUAUGAUGAUCGGCAUCACGGAACCGCGACAUUUCACGUAGACAAAAAAAGAGAAUCGGAUCAACGUAGCACUGCCAUCGAACGAAUCGCCAUGGUUCAUCGUCGAGAACUCCAGUUCUCGGAGGAAUUCUUUCAGCAGCUUGCUCCGAGAGACGCACAGUUGCUGGAGAACUCGCGUUCAUUCACUCACUCACCGGCGCGAUCGGGUCAUUGAACGUCAUCUCGUUGUUACAACUCGUAAUCGGUAGUUGGACGUAAUCGUAGUGACUUUUGUAUAACGCGAGGCCGCGUCGCGGUCGUCACGGUAGGGCAACGUAGAGACCUCCCGGUGGUGCUUCUAGUUAAAGUACAGUUGGUGAGUAUACACAAUUGGAGCGCGGGACGCGACUCACGCCACAGAUACGUACGCGUCGCGACGCGACGAGGGCCCGGCUUCGCCCGCCGGGGCGAAGCUCCCCUCGUCGCGCAUCGUCGAUUCUUUCUUCCGUGUAACGAGAAUACGUCCUGAGAAUACGGCCUGUACCGUAUACUAGAUUUACGCGAUUUAUUCAUUUGAUAUUGACGAGAGUUUUAGCAUGCGCGGUCGUUGAUGUUACAUUAACAAUUACUCUGUUACGAGUUAGCUGUAACGCUGUUAUGGGUGUCGCUUUAAUAAGAGCCGGAUCGUGUAGUCGAGGGGGCUAGUCUAGCUAGAUAGAGCCGUGCCAGAGCUCGUUUUGUAAUAAUAAGACGAGCCGGCCGGCGGUACACACGUUAUCAUGCACAUUGGGGCUGCAUGAGCAGUGCAUUUACAUGACUGUCGUGUAUAAAUUCCGGUAACGCGAACGCGUCGAAAUUUUUGUGAGACGAGCCUUUAGCAAAACGCAGUCGAUAUUAGAGCAAUAGUACGCACACGCACAAUGGAUCGGUAUGUUAUAGAUAUAUACAUAUAUAUAUAUAUUUGCAGAUGCAGGAAAGCGAAGUGAUCGCUUCCACGUGAGCCGUUUUACGUUUAUAUCAAUGUAAAUGAAUAUUGAUGAUUGUUGCUGGUCAUGUGCCAAUGUGUUCUCUUAUAGAGCAAAUAAAUGUUGUUAGAUAUCAUUAUUC